GUCAGUAUAACUAACAUGAUAAGUAUGGAGCAGCUUUCCCGUGUGAAGAGUAAACAUAGUAGUGUACACUUACAUCUGCUUCUGGGCUCUUGAUACCAUUUUUAUGGUGUCUUUUAUGCUGCUCGCACCUAUCAAACCUUCUCAGGAGUAUUUAUGGCCUUAUGAUAUCUUAUUCUUUUAGGUACAAAUAUUUCUAUUACAUUCUUCACCUUCUUUUUCUGGUGUUGUAUCGCUUCCCUUACAUGAAUAUCGAUGAAUGCUUCCUUAUAUGCAUACCUUUGUCAUCAUGCAGUGUCUAUCACGGGAUGUGAAUCUGAUGUUUCUUACAUUGUGAUACGGCUCUUUAAGAUUUCAUAAUAGUACAGUCUUCACAAACAGGAAUUUACACACAAAUUUAGCCGCAGCGCCCUUUCCCGUAUGUAAACUUACGUCUAGCCCAUCGUUACUCUGUUUCAGUUACAUGUCCGUCUGGUGUUUCGUUCACUGUAAUGGGAAAGCAGGUACAGGAAAAAUAUGCUCGAGCUACCUCUUAGCUAACCCCAGGCUAACUUUUUUUAUAAUUGUCUGAUCUUUUGGGCAUGAUAUGGAGGGCAGUUGCGAUAUUCCUAACUCCUAUCGUUGCUAGUUUGAAGGAUUCGUACUCUCUAAUAAGGCGAGCUAUACGUCAUUGUAUAUCGCUUGCACGAUUUCGGGAAAGUGCUCUAUUUUUGAAAUGGCCUCUUGCCCUAUUGUUCGCAUCUCGAGGCGAUGAAACAGUCUGUCUAUUCUUUUGCUAUAAAAAACUACCCUUCAUGCUCUUGUUGCAUUUCUCCCUAAGCAGUAGGAGACAGAGGGGGUGUAUAAAAGGUAUCUUCUACAUGUGCAUAAUGCUUGAAAAGUCUAAAGCAGAGUAGUAUCAGCUAUUCAGGCUUUCAUCAGUAAAGACACACUGGGAGGGUACCCUCAAUUUUAAAA